CUGUUUGAUUCCACAUGGAAUCGCUCUGUUCAUUUUACCACACCACCCACUUUCUCUCUCUUCUUUCUUUCUCUCAUCUUUUCCUGAUAGAGAGCGGAUUUUCUCGCAUACCAAUCACCACUUCUUACACAAAAGAAGAUUAAGAUUAUGUCCGAAUCCGAAGAAGAAGCUGCUACUUCCUUCCCGCCAAGGUCUUCUAAGGAGGUUCUCAUGGAUUUCGACCUCGACCUCGAUAAUCCAUGGCCGAUGGAUCAGAUCGCUUUCGUCUCUAAUCCCAUGUCUCCUCUGCUAUUCUCUUCUUCCUCUACUGACCACCCUUUCUCUCCUCUUUGGGCUUUUACCGAUGCAGAAAACGAGGAAAAUACUACUACUACUACUACGAAUAAUAAUAAUAAUAGUAAUAAUAAUAAUAAUAACAAUAACUGUAGCAAUACCAACAGUACUAACAAUAUUAACAAUACUAUUAAGCUCGGUCGACUUGCGAACUCAGCGGUGGCUGACUCUUCUCGGUUUUCCUGUAAUUCUAAUUCAGUAGCAGAAAGGCCAGCUGGGAACGAGGAGAACAGAUCACUUCCCUCCCCAUUUUCGGGACUGGUACCAGUGGACAGUCCAAAUGGGUACUAUUGGAUAAAAGAGAGGAUGACUCAAGCACUUCGGUAUUUGAAGGAUUCAACUGACCAGCAUGUUCUGGCUCAAGUUUGGGCACCAGUGAAGAAUGGGUCUCGGUAUGUACUUACAACUUCAGGGCAGCCCUUUGUUCUUGAUCCAGAUAGUAAUGGACUCCAUCAGUAUAGAAUGGUAUCUCUGAUGUAUUCGUUUUCUGUGGAUGGAGAGACCAAUGGAGUUCUUGGGCUUCCUGGUCGUGUUUUCCGACAAAAAUUGCCUGAAUGGACUCCAAAUGUGCAGUACUACUCCAUCACAGAGUACCCUCGUCUCGAUCAUGCUCAGCAUUACAACGUGCGAGGAAGUUUGGCUUUGCCUGUGUUUGAACCUUCUGGACAGUCUUGUGUUGGUGUACUUGAGCUUAUAAUGACUUCGGAGAAGAUCAAUUAUGCACCUGAGGUUGAUAAAGUCUGCAAAGCACUUGAGGCAGUAAACUUGAGAAGUGCAGAGAUAUUAGAUCACACUGAUACGCAGAUUUGUAACGAAGGUCGUCAAAGCGCGUUGACUGAAAUUUUGGAGAUAUUGACAGCAGCUUGUGAAACACACAAAUUACCGAUGGCUCAGACCUGGGUUCCAUGCAUGCAUCGCAAUGUUCUUGCUUAUGGAGGUGGCCUGAAGAAAAACUGUACUAGUAUUGAUGGUAGUUGCAUGGGACAAGUCUGUAUGUCCACAACCGAAGUAGCGUUCUACAUUGUAGAUGCUCGGAUGUGGGGUUUUCGAGAGGCAUGUCUUGAGCAUCACUUGCAAAAGGGACAAGGGGUUGCUGGGAGGGCUUUCUAUUCUCGCAACUUAUGCUUCAGCAGUGACAUUACUCAGUUCUGCAAAAAUGAGUACCCUUUGGUACACUAUGCACGUAUGUUCGAAUUAACUAGCUGCUUUGCAGUCUGCUUACAGAGCAGUCACACUGGAAAUGAUAAUUAUGUGCUAGAAUUUUUUCUGCCUCCUAACACAAAUCCUUCUGAACAACAUACUGUAUUGGGAUCCCUGUUGGCAACAAUUAAGAAGCAUUUCCAGAGUCUCAAGAUUGCUUCUGGAAUUGGACUUGAGGAAGAAGGGUUUGUUGAAGUUGUUAAAGUUUCUGCAACUGGGGGACUUGAAUCGAACUUUGAAUGUAUUCGGAUACCCCAAAUUGCAGAAUCACCCCCAGGACCUUGUUCCUUACCCAAUGGAGGAGACAUGGUGCAGCGAGAUUUGUUGAAGCCGCAAUUGACAGUAGGACAUGAUGCUGGAAAUGGUGGACAAGACGCUGUUCAUGAUGGGGGAAACAUGAAUCAUGUAUCUGUUUCUGAUAAUAAAGAAACAAAGAAAUCAGAAAGAAAGCGUGGGAAAACUGAAAAAUCAAUUAGUUUAGAGGUUCUUCAACAAUACUUUGCUGGGAGUCUUAAAGAUGCUGCAAAAAGCCUUGGUGUUUGCCCAACUACAAUGAAGCGCAUUUGCAGGCAGCAUGGUAUCUCGCGAUGGCCUUCUCGCAAAAUCAAUAAGGUUAACCGUUCCCUCUCUAAGCUAAAACGUGUAAUUGAAUCUGUGCAAGGUGCUGAAGGAGCAUUUGGAUUAACUCCUCUAGCCACAAGUCCUCUUCCCGUUGCUGUUACCUCCGUUCCACGGCCUUCUACUUCAAAUGGAACUAUUCAGCAAAAUUCACCGUGUCAUGUACCCUGUGACCUCCCUUUGGAAAGGAAAGACUCACCAACAAAUUCUUCAUCUAGAAGAGAAGGGCAUGCCGAAAUUGAAGAUCAAUUGCAGGGAGGGGGGAUAUCAAUUCAGAAAGACCUUAUUCAUGAAAACAGUGGAUUUUAUUUGCCUGAGAAUAAUAGAGGCUCAAACCACUCCAAAACGGGAAGUGGCUCAAGGGAAGUGAGUGGGGGGACCCCAACUUCUCAUGGCUCAUGCCAAGGUAGUCCUGCAAAUGGAAGUAUGAUGCUAAAGGAUCCAUUUGCUUAUUCCAUUCAUGAGCAAUGCAUUAAAGUAGAAGGCUCUCCCGAGUCAGCGCUCCAACCAACAGAUGGUUACAUUUUUUCAGUACCCGAUGCUCUUGUGACAACUGAAUCUCAAGAACCAUUUGGAGGAAUGCUAGUUGAGGAUGCUGGUAGUUCAAAAGAUUUGAGAAACCUGUGUCAUGCAACAGAUGCUAUAUUAGACGAGUCAGUUCCCGAGUAUUGUUGGAUGAACCCUCCUCCUCCUCCUCCUCCACCAUGCUCUGAGUUCGCUCCCAAUGACACAACCACAGAUAUCAUUAUUACUCAGACUCAACCAAAUGUUAAAGUUAGUCAAGAGAUGAGGAGUGUGACUAUAAAAGCAACAUACAGAGAAGAUAUCAUAAGAUUUCGAUUAUCUCUAAGUUGCAACAUUGUUGAGCUCAGAGAGGAAGUAGCAAAAAGAUUAAAAUUGGAGGUGGGUACUUUUGAUAUCAAAUAUAUGGAUGAUGACCAGGAGUGGGUACUGAUAGCUUGUGAUGCAGACCUACAAGAGUGCAUGGAUGUUUGUAGAUCAUCAGGCAGUAAUAUGAUUAGACUCCUAAUUCAUGAUAUAAUGCCUAAUCUUGGUAGCUCAUGUGAGAGCACUGAGGAGUGAAGAUUAGCUUGUAUAUAUAAUCAAUUUCAUGUAACAUUUUUUUUGUAGGUGCUGGGAAAGUAAAAGCUGUAUAUUUGGUUCUUAGAGCUUGCUUUCAUUUAGGAAUUUUUUUCAGUGAAAUUGUAGAAAGCUCAGUUGUCUGUAAUUCCCCCCUUUUUAUAUUAAUUGUCUAAUAUAUUUACAAUGGCAAAUGAAUAAUUUUGUUGGAAUUA